AUGACUGACUAUUCGUCGUUGAAAGUGGCUGAUUUGAAGGCCGAGUGCAAGAAGCGCGGCGUCCCUCAGACUGGCCUCCGCCUCAAGCAGCAAUUCAUUGACAAAUUGGUUGAGCUUGACUCACAAACAAACCAGGACACGACAGAACCAGCAGCUUCAGCAGAAGAAUCCACCGAAUCACAGCCAUCUGCGCCAGAUGGUGUUUCGCAAGCAAAGUCGCAGCCCGAAGAAUCAGAGAAUGAACAGCCUGAGCAAUCAAAGAAAGAAUCAAUCACACAAACCGAGGAAACAACAGCACCCGUGUCGGUAUCGGACCCAACUCAUGAUGGACAAAUGCAGGUGGACGAGUCGACCGAAGGAGAAGCAGUUUCAGCAGCCGAUGUGAAAUCGCAAAAAGUCGAAGAUGCUGCAAAGCCUACAGAGACACAAACAGAGAAUAUUACCCCUGAAAAUGAAUACCCUACAGCUGCACCUUCCCAGCUACAAAUGGAUGAAGCAGCCCAAGGUGCGAAGGACGAGGAGGCCACAAAGGCUCAAGAAAAAUCGAUCAGAUCUGCUGCCCAAACCUCGGAGGUUGACACCGAGUUAUCGACACCUCUCCCAGUUGAAGAUGCAUUGGAGGAUACGCGCAAACGGAAACGCCGCAGCCAGAGCCCGGCUCCUACUCUGGAAGAGAUUGCGAAUAAGAAGGCUCGUGCGAAGGAAACCAGCCCGCGCGUGUUGCUGAAAGACGAUGAGGUGUCAGUUUCUCACGAUGAGGUGCUUAGUGAUUCAAAGCCUGAAGACCAAAAAGCAGCGGAGGGCCACACAGACAAACAACCUAUUGAGACACAAACAGACUCACACAAAACCCCCACCAAGCAAGACGCUCGGUUUCGCAACCUAUUCGCACCUGCCGGUGCAUCAACCCAGCCCGCCUCUCCCCCAAGAGAUAUCACAAUGCAGGAUGCGGAGACCACCCCCGCGUUGCACCCUGCAACUUCUGCCCUCUAUAUCGACGGCCUUAUGCGUCCACUCCAGCCGACUGCACUCCGCAAACACCUGGCCAGCCUCGCAUCCGCCCCCGGGACCACAGAUUCCGAUGCCAUCGUUGACUUCUAUCUCGAUGCUAUCAAGACUCACUGUUUCGUGAGUUUCACCAGUCUCGCAGCAGCCUCGCGGGUUCGUUCUGCUGUCCAUGGGACUGUGUGGCCCAACGAGCGGAACCGCAAGAAUCUCCGAGCAGAUUUCAUCCCUGACGAGAAGAUCAAGGAAUGGAUUGAGACAGAAGAGAAAUCCCGAGACCGCGCUGGCGCUGCUGCUCGUUGGGAAGUGAGAUAUGAGACGUCUGAUGACGGAACCACGGCUACCCUCGCCGAGGUGGGCACCACUCCCUCUGGACGACGUGAAUCAGGUUUCAAUCGUACUCCUCCCUUGGGCCCGCGCCGCGAUAUUGAGCAGCUUGACCGUCGCCUUUCCAACGCACCUCCCGCGGCUCCCGCGGCUCCCGCACCUCCGUCACGACCGGGGCAGGGGUUUAAGCCUCUGGAUGAAUUGUUCGAAUCUACCACUACAAAGCCCAAGCUGUACUACCUUCCCGUUCCACGUCCGGUUGCCGACAAACGUCUGGACCAAUUUGAUGAGCUGAUUAAGAAGGGCACGUUCCCACGUCGUGGUGGUGAUGAGAUGCGGCGAAUCACUUUUGAAGAUGACGAUAAGUUCGUGGACAUUGGCCCCGAGCGAUUCGGACCUGGACCUCGAGGUGGUCCCGGACCUCGUGGACGGGGACGUGGUGGACGGCGUGGGGAUUCAUGGCGCUCUUGA